AUGGCAUCGGCGGUCUAUCAACUCUAUUCGCAGGUGUACUCUGUGCUCAGGGAGCGCUCAUCGCUCGUCAUCGCUAUCGCAAUCAAUGUUCUGGCUUACCUCGCCUUUCGUUACUGGAGCAGCCCCUGGCGAAGGUUACCGCCCGGACCUUCUGGGUACCCCUUGAUCGGGAACAUGCUCCAGUUCAUGAAUGUGCGUUGGCUGAUGUUCGAGACUCCCAAGUACGGCGACGUCGUAUACCUCAAUGUCGUAGGCCAGCCGACUAUCAUACUCAACACGCAAACCGCAGCUUCCGAUCUCUUCGAUAAACGCGCAUCAAUCUACUCCGGUCGCCCUCAUUUCGCUGUUCGCAAUGAUAUGAUGAGUGGCGGGUUAUUCAUGCCCUUCCAGACACACGACGACCAAUGGCGCCGCCAACGCCGAAUCAUCCACGAAGGCUUCAAUAAGUCAGCUGCCAGUCGCUUCCAUACUGCGGAGGUCGAGGAAGCUACUCGUCUCGCCGCCACUCUCAUCCGUGAUCCAGCCGGCUUCCACGACCACGUUCGUAACUACGUGUCGUCGGUCAUGCUCUCAGUGACCUACGAUCGACCUUUACACGGUGGCCCGGACGAUAAGGCUUUGCGUGCAGGCAUCGACGAAUACAUCCACCAAAACAUCGCUUUCACCCGGGUCGACCAGUUCGUCCAGCUUGUGCCCUGGUUGGCGUAUGCACCAGAGUGGGCGGCGAAGUGGAAGAGGGAUGCGCGGUUGGUGUUCGAAGACACGACACGCUUCUUCAUGGGCUUGGUCGAUGAUGUAGAAGCGAGGAUGAAACAAGGGACUGCUCGGCCGUGCCUUGUGGCUACGCUCGUGGAAGAGCUUGAUCGCUUCGGCGUCACGAAACUGGAGGCUGCAUGGUCCGCGGGAAUCAUGUACGCCGCAGGCUCGGAGACUACAUCAAGCGCUCUCAAGUGGUGCUUGCGAGUUAUGAUCUCUCAUCCGGAUAUCCAGAAGCGCGUCCAGGCAGAGCUGGACUCCGUGAUUGGUCGCGAACGUCUACCGACCGUCGCCGACCGCCCAAACCUUCCCUACACCGUCGCCGUACUUCGCGAAGUGAUGCGCUGGCGCUCGGGUCUUUGUCUGGGCGUACCGCAUACAGCCGAGCAGGACGAUUACUACCAGGGCAUGUUCAUACCGAAAGGUACCGUGCUCAUGGCGAACAUGCUGCCUUGCAACCGCGAACCCGCGGUGUACGGAGACGACGCGGAGAUCUUUAGGCCUAAGCGCCAUCUCGAUGCACAAGGACGGUUGGCGCCUGCACCACCUGCAACGAAAGAGCAUGGGCAUGUUUCUUUUGGCUUUGGUCGGCGUGUCUGCAUCGGACAACACGUUGCCAACGACGCGCUGUUCGCGGCCUUCUCGGUGUUGCUGUGGGUUUUCCAGUUUAGCAAAUCGCUUGAUAGGGACGGCUCGGAGGUCGACUUGAACGCCGAUGAUAUUGUUGUUACGGGUUUCAUCAUUGGUCCGGACGAGUACAAGUGUACUAUAACGCCACGCUUUGCAGGAGUAGAGUCCAUCGUAUCUGACGAGUCGCUCUGGAAGGCAUAG